AUGAUUUCUUGGUCGCGUCCCCUGCUUUUCUCUCUGCUGUUUUGCUUUGGCGAGCUGAUCUUCGCCCAGAUAAAAUACUCGACACCGGAGGAGGUCAAAGUGGGAGCUGUUGUUGGAAACGUGGCCAAAGAUUUGGGCCUGGACGUCAGCACCUUGAUUAACAGACGAUUCCGUAUCGUGUCUGGAGCUCAGGACGCGCUGUUUGAGGUAAACCCGAACAAUGGGGUUCUGUAUGUUCACAAGAAUCUCGACCGAGAACAGCUGUGCGAUAGAAACGCUGCCUGUUCGAUAGAUGUGAAAAUCGUUAUUGAAAAUCCGCUGGAAAUUCAUUAUGUCACAGUGGAAAUAACGGAUGCAAACGACCAUGCGCCGAGUUUUACCGAGAAAGAAAAGGUAAUUGAAAUAGCAGAGACGACGUUAACAGGGGCCCGGUUUCAGUUACCGGGCGCACGUGAUCCUGAUGUGGGAAUUAAUUCUGUGCAGCGUUAUAAACUCAGUCAGAACGAUGAUUUUCAUCUGGAAAUUCGAGAUAGGGGAGAAAAUAAAAUCCCAUUCUUAGUGUUACAGAGAAACUUGGACAGAGAGCAGAAAACAAACCACAGCUUGGUUUUAACCGCUAUAGAUGGAGGGACACCAGCAAAAUCUGCAUUUCUUAAUCUCACCAUAAAGGUUCUUGACAUAAAUGAUAAUAGGCCAAUUUUUUCGAAAGAGGUUUACUCUGUGAUGUUACAGGAAAAUGUUGCUUUGGGUACAGUUGUAAUAAAAGUACAAGCGACUGAUCUAGAUGAAGGAACUAAUGGGUAUGUGGAAUAUGCCUUCGGUGGUGAUAUUAAUUCUAAGGUGUUGGAGCUGUUUAGCCUCGAUAGAAACACAGGUGAAAUACGAGUUAAAGGAAACAUCAACUUUGAGACAGCUGAUGUUUUCAAGUUAGACGUCCAAGCCUCUGAUAAAGGUCAGCCACCGAUGACAACAGACUGUAAUGUUCUAAUAAAGAUUCAAGAUGUGAAUGACAAUAAACCAGGGAUAGAGGUGACGUCAAUAUCCAACAUGGUCCCAGAAGAUUCAAAACAUGGGACCGUGAUUUCCCUCAUCAGUGUCACAGACCUUGAUUCUGGCCUGAAUGGAAAAGUCAUAUGCAGUCUGACAGGGAAUGUGCCAUUUGAAUUAAAACCAUCUUUUAAAGAAAACAUGUAUUCAUUAGUGACAAAAGAAAUGCUAGACAGAGAAACUGUGUCACAUUAUGACAUAACAAUAACAGCUACUGACUGUGGAGAACCUCCGCUUUCCACGUUCAAAACUUUGAAUAUUGAAGUUUCAGAUGUCAAUGAUAACGCUCCACAGUUCCCACACAGUCCCCAGGCGUUAUAUCUGAUGGAAAACAAUGCACCUGGCGCAUUGAUAUUUUCUGUGAGUGCAUUUGAUAAAGACUUAAACGACAAUGCAGCAGUGUCCUAUCAAAUUGGAAGGGGGGGUGUCCAUAAUGAUAUGGCCUCUUUUCUGAAUAUAAAUUCCGAUAAUGGACAAAUUUCCGCACUGAAAAGUUUCGACUUUGAAACUGUGAAAACUUUCAAGUUCCACGUUGUUGCAUCAGAUUUUGGAACUCCAUCACUGAGCAGCAACGUCACAGUGAACGUGUUCAUUCUGGAUCAGAACGACAACGCUCCAGUCAUCCUGUAUCCAGUCAGCUCCAACGGUUCUCAUCCAGUACAGAUCUGGAGACAAACGCUACAUGUUAGUUGGACCCAGGAUGAGUAUAGGAUCUACUAUAGUCCCAGGAAGCCAUGCCAAUACACUAGUGCUGCCUGA